AUGCACGAAGCAAGGGUGGGUGGGCCACUGACUGGACAAGUUCACAGCAGGGUAGGUGGGCCACUGACUGGACAUGUACACAGCAGGGUGGGUGGGUCACUGCCUGGAUAUGUUCACAACAGUGUAGGUGGGUCACUGCCUGGUUAUGUUCACAGCAGGGUAGGUGGGACACUGCCUGGUUAUGUUCACAGCAGGGGUGGCAGGGUAGGUGGGUCACUGCCUGGAUAUGUUCACAGCAGGGUAGGUGGGUCACUGCCUGGAUAUGUUCACAGCAGGCCCCUCGGCCCCUUACACUCCAACCGCUCCGCUCAGUGCCAACCUGCUGCAAGUGUAGCCCCUCGGCCCCUAACACUCACACCGCUCCGCUCAGUGCCAACCUGCUGCAAGUGUAGCCCCUCGCCCCUAACACUCCACACCGCUCGGCUCAGUGCCAACCUACUGCAGAGUGUAGCCCUCGCCCCUUACACUCCAACCGCUCCGCUCAGUGCCAACCGGCUGCAAGUGUAG